UAUGUAAAUCACAAACCCAAGAUAUCCUAAAUCACCAAACUGGUUUAUUGAAGAGUUAACAACAGUACAUUUGUUCUAUGCAUCUCAUGGAUCAGAAACCUGCUAGCCGUAUCAUCUUUUCCUUGGUCUGCCUCCUAAUCUUAAGUCCUCUAAUCCACAGCCAACUUGAUUACAGCUUUUAUGAUACAUCAUGCCCCAGUUUAACCAGAAUUGUGAGGAAUGGAGUGUGGUCAGCCAUGCGCAAUGAAACCAGAAUGGCGGCCUCUCUUCUUCGCCUGCACUUUCAUGACUGCUUUGUCGAUGGGUGUGAUGCAUCGCUACUACUUGAUGACUCCAACGAUAUCAUCAGUGAAAAGAGUGCAUCGCCAAACCGUAACUCGGUCAGAGGUUACGAGGUAAUAGACAGCAUUAAGGCUGAUGUGGAGAAAGCUUGCCCAUCAACAGUUUCUUGUGCAGAUAUUGUAACGAUUGCAGCACGCGAAGCCGUCUUCCUGUCAGGAGGGCCUUACUGGUUCGUUGCACUGGGCAGGAGAGAUGGGACAACAGCCAACAGGACCGCAGCCAACGAACAAUUACCGUCACCUUUAGAUGAUCUAACAACCAUUACUGCUAAAUUUGCUGCCAAGGGCCUUGACGCUAAAGAUGUUGUUGUCCUCUCAGGGGCACAUACCAUCGGCUUUGCGCAGUGCUUCACCUUUAAGAACAGGCUCUUCAACUUUAACAGCUCGGGUGGACCAGACCUAGAGCUCGACGUCUCUCUGCUCAAGAACCUACAGAGCCUGUGCCCAAACAAUGUCAGUUCCGACAGCAAUCUUGCUCCUCUGGACCCCGUGACGACAAGCAGGUUUGAUAAUAUCUAUUACAAGAACCUCAUGAACAGUUCUGGCCUUCUCCAGUCAGACCAAGCUCUCCUGGACGACUCUGAUACUGCCUCCAUGGUCAGUAACUAUAGCAUAUACCCCUACUUGUUCUUCCGGGACUUUGGGGCAUCCAUGCUGAAGAUGGCCAACAUAGGUGUGCUCACUGGAGGGAAUGGUGAGAUAAGGACCAACUGUAGGGCUGUGAACUAGUCUUGUUUCCAGAUAUCACAGCUUAGGAAAGAAAUAUGAACUGUAACAUGCUGCAUGAAGUUAUGUGUGAAUGAAUAAGACGAAUUUGCUGAUGGAA